UCUCCGUCAAAUAAAGCUACAAAUUCUCUUCCUCUAUAAAUUUAUCAUAUAUUAUAGACAUCUAUCUUUUUCUCUCUCUCUCAAAAUCUGCCAAAUAAACCCCUAACAUAUAAACCCCACCCCUAUAUCACAAACACAAUAUCGCAUUUGCAUGCGUUCGUUCUCUCCCCCUCAGCUCUCAUCAACCCCUCCCCGAUUGAAACUGCAAAUAUAGAUAUAUAACCGCAUGCUUAUUAUAUCCUCAUGGCUGUUGAAGCCCGACGUCUCAAUAUUUUGCCUGCCCAGCUUCUCACCAGUAGAGAAACAAUGAAUGACAUUCAAGGUAACGGAAAUCUUUAUGCCGCCAGUGCGGUGGGGUAUGGAACGGCGCCCUUAUCGGGGAACCCAAUAGCGGAACCGCUAUUCCCCAUGUACUGCUCCUUGGCGAUCGAUUCGUUUCCAGCGAAGAAUGCAAUGAAGUCCGACAGCGGCCUCACCUAUGGUCUUCCGCCGUCGCGGAAACGGUCACGGGAGGAAGCCAAUCCGUUGAUCAGUUAUCCGGCGUUCCAGAACACUAGUAACCGUUGCGGUUCGUUCAGUUUCUUAGGCGAAGAUAUUUCGCUGCAAAUCCAACAACAGCAGUUAGAGGUCGAUCGCUUCAUCGUUCAACAUAUGGAGAAGGUUAGAAUGGAAAUUGAAGAGAGACGAAAGCGAUAUGCAAGGAGCAUUGUAGCGGUGGUUGAAGAAGGAAUCCGAAAGCGAUUGAGGGCGAAAGAUGAAGAAAUUGAGAACAUCGGAAAACUGAAUUGGGCAUUGGAAGAGAGAGUGAAGUCUCUGUGCAUAGAGAACCAGAUAUGGAGAGACCUGGCGCAGACGAACGAAGCCACAGCCAACGCUCUACGGAGCAAUCUGGAACAAGUCCUGGCCCAUGUUCAGGACGUGGAGCAGCGCAAUGGCGGAGUAAGGGUAGGGCAGGCGGGGGCGGAAUUGAUGGAUGAUGCGCAAUCGUGUUGCAGCAGCAAUCACGCCGGCGGUUGUGGCGUCGAAGCUGAGACGGAAGGGUGCAGUUUAGCAGAGACCGGUGCGGAAGUAGGAAUGGAUAGAGGCAAUCUCCAGGACGACGGCGACGUAUGUGGAAGAAAGAGUCAAAGUUGCGAGAAUAAUGGCAGUGGCAGCGGCAGCAGCAGCAGAUUAUGCAGAAACUGUGGGAAAGCGGAGUCGUGCGUCCUGCUUUUGCCGUGCAGGCAUCUCUGCCUCUGUACUGCUUGUGGUUCCUCCCUCCUCACUUGCCCAAUCUGUAAAUCCACCAAAAAUGCUAGUCUUCGCGUCAAUUUCUCCUCUUAGAUAAAAUCAAAACUCCAUCAGUAGUUGAGUUGUAGAUCAGAUUUUUGCAAAUUCUGGUUUCAAUUAUCGAACAGAAUUUUACGGGAUGUCCGUUUAACUCGAUCA